AUGAGAGCGUUAUCACUCCACUUUCUUUCUUUCUUUCUUUCUUUCUUUCUUUCUUUCUUUCUGUCCUUUUUGCAUUGUCCCUUCCUUGAUAUCUCCCCUCUUUUAUUAAUUCCUUACUUCAAUUUCACUGAAGCAAACUUCAAACUCAUGAGAGCGUUAUCACUCCCACUUUCUUUCUUUCUUUCUUUCUUUCUUUCUUUCUUUCUUUCUUUCUUCUCCCAUCCAGUCCUUUCUGAAUUUUCACGUUCUAUUAUGUUUUCCUUCUUUUUUCUUGCUUACUUCUAUUUCACUGAAGCAAACUUCAAACGCAUGAGAGCGUUAUCACUUCCUCUUUCUUUCUUUCUUUCUUCCUUUCUUUCUUUCUUUCUUUCUUUCUUUUUCUUUCUUUCUUUCUUUUCUCUAUCUAUCUAUCUAUCUAUCUAUCUUCUUACUUACUUACUCACUCACUUACUUACGUACAGUAUAUCUCCGACAAAACAAGCAAGCAUCAAUUUUCUUAAUCUUUCUGGCAAUUUCUUUUGCGACACAAUUACCACUGACAAUGACUGA